AUGUCCGUCGACGCUGCCACGGCCCAAAUGGCCACCACUACCCUCAACGAGCCCCAGGCCACGGCUGAAGGCACCACCAUUGGUGCCGGCGGCGACAAGCCCAUCAACGCCAGCCAGAACGAGGCCGUCAUCGCCAGCGCCGCCGAGGGCCGGAGACUAUACAUCGGAAACCUCGCCUACGCCACCACCGAGGGAGAGUUGAAGGACUUCUUCAAGGACUACCUUGUCGAGACGACGUCAAUUCCCACCAACCCGCGCACUACUCGCCCCGUCGGUUACGCCUUUGUUGACGUAUCCACUCCCACCGAGGCCGAGCGCGCCAUUGAGAACCUGAACGGAAAGACGAUUCUCGACCGCAAGGUCUCUGUCCAGCUCGCCCGCAAGCCCGAGCCCGCCGCGCCCGCCAACGCCGAGACUGCCGAGGGUGGUGAGGGCACUCGUCGCCGCAACAGCACCCGCGGCCGUGGUCGUGGACGUGGCCGCGCCGGACGUGCUUCCCGUGGAGGCCGCAAGACUGGUGAGGAAGGCGCCGAUGCAUCCACCAACAUUCCCGCCCAGGACAACCCGCUUGCCGCCACUACCAACGACGCCACUGCUGUUGACGCCGGCGCGGAAGGUGCCGACAAGACCCGCCAGCCUCGCAAGCAGCGCGGCCCACCAGAGGACGGUGUCCCCAGCAAGACCAAGAUCAUGGUUGCGAACCUGCCAUACGACCUCCGUGAGGAGCGCCUCCUCGAGAUUUUCGCCGACUACUCGCCCACUUCGGCCAAGAUCGCGCUCCGCCCAAUUCCCAAAUUCAUGGUUCGCAAGCUUCAAGCCCGCAACGAGCCACGCAAGGGCCGCGGUUUCGGCUUCGUGACUCUCUCUAGCGAGGAGCUUCAGCAGAAGGCCUGCUCCGACAUGAACGGCAAGGAGAUCGAGGGUCGCGAGAUUGCUGUUAAGGUCGCGAUCGACAGCCCCGGCAAGGAGGACGAGGAUCCCACCGCUCCGGCUGAGGAUGGCGCCGCCGCUGAGGCUCCUGCCACAGAGGCCGCCGCUCCCGUGGAAGCCACCACCGCCGCAUAA